UGCUCUUUGGCCUCUUCCCUUCCCAUCUGCCCAACUUCUAAUAACGGUCGAUCGGAAAUUGAUGACGGGUUUCGUGUGGUGUCAUGCCUGGCACUCACGCCGUUGUCAAUUGAGACAAAUCGAAUAGAUGGGUUCCGACGCCGACAAAGCGCAUAACGUGUCGCUCGACGACUCGCCAUCGAAACCAUCCUUCUUUUCGCGUCUGACAUCUCCCUUACGCUCUCGGACACGUAACCUAGCCGACUUCCACAUCCGCCUUCAUGAACCUCACCGACAAUAUUCCGCCGGCGAACAUGUUAGAGGCCAUGUCAUUCUUUCCGUCGUUAAACCCAUUCGCAUAACGCACUUAACCGUCGCUUUACAUGGAUUCGUUCGUGUUUACAAGCAUGCCGGCGCUGGUGCGCAGCUUAGUCCCGUCAAUCCCGCCGUAAUAUCCCACGAUAAGAACCGGAAUGUUAGAUACUUUGGCAACGGGCUGGCGUCUCUUUUCCAAGAUGAGCAAGUUCUCUGCGGUGAAGGGAGGUUGAAGCCUACGAGAUUCGAGUUCGAGUUCGACCUCAUCUUUCCCUCAAAGGGACUCCCGAGUAGUAUUGAUUUUGAGAGGGGAACGAUAUCCUAUAUGAUUACUGCCACCUUAACAAGACCAACGUCCAUAGCUGCGACUUCUAGCUGCGAAACAAAAGUAGCGCUCGUCGAGAAGGUGGACAUAGGCUUACUCGUCCCCCCGCGCGAACGAAAGGUGUGCAUGCAGACGCUACGUAGACGACCCAAGAAGAAGAAGAAACCAAUGCCGGCGGUCGCAUCGACGGUCAGACAGGGCUCAUUAUCGACAGAAGCGCAGGAACCAGCAUCGGACUUGGACUCCACAAGGGUGAACGAAAAUUCAAAUGGAAGUAGCGCAAGUCUCGGUGAGAUAGCGGCGGUUGGACUAAGCGGAAGUAAUCUACCCCGAAGUCCAUUACGAAGCGAUAUAAUUCCGGGCGACCUACAAAGCGAGAUUAGUGGCGAGAGUGCCCUGAGUAACAACAGUGGCUCCAAUAGUGCCAGAGGCGCCGAUGCUAGUGGCGAAUCUGUCGCUGCAAGUAGACUGUCGGGGAGUGAUGACAGGGAGAUCAACGCUACGGUUGAAUUGUUAAAAGGAGGUUGUCUUGCCGGGGAUAUGCUAACGGUGAAAAUUAAGGUUGAACAUAAUCGCCGUAUGAAGAGCAUGCACGGCGUCAUUGUCACGCUCUAUCGGCAGGGUCGUGUUGAUUAUUCACCACCGAUAUCGUUAUUUACUGCAGAUUUAUCUCAGGAGGAGGCUAAACGACUAGAGCGCGAAGAUUAUUAUCCAAGAUCAAGAACCGGCCUUGGAGGGUUGUCGCUAUCCUCUGCCGGCUCAUGUAGUGUUUUCCGAAAAGACCUCUCACAAGCGGUUGCACCAUUGAUAAUUGAUCCCGCUACACUCACAGCGAAUAUAACAACAUCUAUAAGGGUCCCGGAGGACGUCUUUCCAAGCAUAAAAAACGUUCCAGGAGGUCUAAUCAGCUUCAAAUAUCAUAUCGAGGUCGUUCUUGAUCUCGGAGGGAAGCUUGCUGGUCAAUCGUCCGGGACUUCACAACAAACGAGUCGGAUAGGCUCUUUAGGAGUUCCGGGGGGAAACCCUGCUUCAACAGCUGGGGCAUAUGAUAUAAAGCGACUUGCUAAUUGGAAUGGUACAAUAGUAGACACCGAUCACCUACGACGUGAGAAAGGAGUCAUAUCGGUAUCAUUUGAGGUUGUGGUUGGGACUAUGGACUCUACUCGGUCACAGGGCAAAUCUGUUAUACGCCCAGCGCUGACAGUAGACCCGCCUCCGACUGAGAACGCCAAUGGUGAGAAUGGCGAAUCGAAUUAUACUUGGCAUAAUGAAUAUGACAAUGAGAACAAUUAUCAUGGAGAGUACCCAGCUGGACAGCUUGAGCCAUCACCACAGAGCUAUUUUCCGCCAGGCGCAUCUCCCCAGACCUCUUACUACGAUUUCCAAGAUCGAGAGGCCCAUGCUCCGAUUUAUAUACCACCGCCAGAGUUGCCCAAUGAAAAUGGGCUUACAGAAAAAGAGCGUGCUCGCCAGGCAGAGCAAAGAUUAUUGCCUAGCCAACCCCCCCAACUACCUUCUGAAUCAGGAGCUGGUCCUUCGCAGCCAUCCGCGCCAAGUAAUAUUUCCACCUUCCCGACAAAUAUCAUUCAACCUCCCAAUAGCUUACCAGCACUGGAAGAAGAUAUUAGGGAAGGACCAUCAGCACCUUCGUUCGCAGAUCUAACUCCAACUGGUCCCCCGAGGUCUCAUGCCGACGAUAAACAGGAACUUGAGCGGCAACGGCUGCUCCUGGAGGCUAGCUCACCUCCAGAGGUUCCGGAUGAUUAUGAUGGCGGGGGCCCGUCAGCGCCCCCCUUAAGCCAGCCAGGUGUUUUAGAGCCGACAGCUCCAGUGCUUAAUGACAAUCACGAUUACGGUGCCCGAGAUCCUUAUCAUGAUAUUGCUGGGCCUUCGAAUCAAACCGCGGGUCAUGAACCGUUACCGAGAUACGAGCGCUAAUUUAAAAAUGCGAGAUAGGUUGAUUAUUGAUGGAUAAGACGACAUUAAGUGCAAAUUCUGUGUCUUGUGCCGGAUGGAUGAGAACGACGUUCUACUCUGUCAAAUAUACAAGACUAAUACCCAGUUUGCGCCUCACUCCGAGUGUUGUAUGAUAGAGCAACUUCGCAUCUGAUAUGAUGAACGACUUGCAUAAAAAGAGCGCUUGAAUUUCUGUCGCAUUUACCACUAUUUACAUAUACUUUGCGAGGAUGUCGCGGAGGAGUUCCGGAUAUAAGAAUUAUAUAUGAGCCGCGGAAAGAAAAAAAGGCUUAUCAAAUGAGAAAAUUUUAUCGACCUAACCAAGAAUCCAACCAUUGAAUUGGGUGAAACCUAGGACGUGAGGAUAUGAAUGAAGUACAUUGUGCGAACCGAAUUUGGGGCUACAAACCCUCGAUAUCUAUCGUCGAAUUACCAAGUUAACAGAAUACAGUAUAUUAGCACCCUACGGUCUCGUCUGAUAGGUACCUAGUAUCUAAUUGCUAUAAAUAACCAUUGCCGCCUGCUUAAUUGGUUCUUACAAAACAUGCCAUUACCCCAGAACCCCGUACUCAAUAGACCAUCGUCUGUUCUUCGAGCAAUAUCUUUUUAAUAUGAAUAGAUUAGCCCCACGAAGCAAAUCACGAUGACGGACUGGCGGACAUAGUUGAAUCAAACAGGGAC